GGCAGACCUAAGAGAAAGAAAGGCAUUCGUACGGUUGAGAAAAUAUAUGGAAGAAAGCAUAGUGUCCAUUUUCCAAAGCACAGGGUAAUGAAGGGAAGUAAAUCGAUUCAGUGUGGAAAGUACUUCAGAAAUAGAUCACAACUCCUUGUGCACCAAAGAAUACACAAAGGGGAGAAACCUUUUGUAUGCUCAGAAUGUGGAAAGAGAUUCAGUCAGAGUAGCACUCUUCAAAUGCACCAAAGAAGACACACAGGGGAGAAACCUUUUGAAUGCUCAGAGUGUGGAAAGAAAUUCAGUAAGGAUAGCAAUCUUAAAAAUCAUCGGAGAACCCAUACAGCUGAGAAACCCUUUGAAUGCUCAGUAUGUGGAAAGAGAUUCAGUCAGAGUAGUAGUCUUCACCUACACCGAAGAAUUCACACCGGGGAGAAACCUUUUGAAUGUUCAGAGUGUGGAAAGAGAUUCUCUUGGAAUGACAGUCUCCAGGGGCAUCUAAGAACUCACACAGGGGAAAAACCUUUUGAAUGCUUAGAGUGUGGAAAGAAAUUUAGUCAGAAUGGCAAUCUUAAACUGCAUCAGAGAACCCACACAGCAGAGAAACCCUUUGAAUGCUCAGUGUGUGGAAAGAGAUUCAAGCACAGUGGCAGUCUUCAAGUGCACCAAAGAACCCACACAGGGGAGAAACCUUUUCAAUGCUCAGAGUGUGGGAAGAGAUUCAGGAUGAGUGGCCAUCUUCACAGUCAUUUAAGAACCCACACAGGGGAGAAACCCUUUGAAUGUUCAGAGUGCAGGAAAAGAUUCAGCCAGAGUAGCAGUCUUCAACAGCAUCAGAGAACCCACACAGGGGAGAAACCCUUUGUAUGCUCAUUCUGUGGAAAGAAAUUCACUUGGAGUGGUAGUCUUCAGCAACAUCAGAGAACCCACACAGGGGAGAAACCUUUUGAGUGUUCAGUGUGUGGAAAGAGGUUCGGUCGGAGUGACCAUCUUCAUCAGCAUCAGAGAACUCACACAAGGGAGAAACUUUUUGAAUGCUCAGAGUGUGGAAAGAGAUUUAGUUUGGGGUGCCAUCUUCAACAGGACCUAAGAACAUUCACAUGGAAGAAAUAUUUUAAGUGUUCCGAGUGUGGAAAGACAUUGAGUAACAAUAGCAGUUUUCAACGGUGUUAGUGAACCCCACAGGAAAAAAACAAACUUUGUGAAUGGUCAGCGUGUCAUUUCACUCUGCAUGGCAAUCUUCUACAGCAUUUAAGAACUCGCAUGAAGAGAAACCAUGUAACUGCUUAGUCUGUGAAAAGAGAUUUCUCUUAUUUCACACCUAAAAAACAACAGCAAACCAUAUAAAGCAUCGACGGUAUAUAAACUCGUUGAAAGCUUCAGUUUUCACAGGAAGCUUACCCUAAUCAGGAAGGAAUGUUAAAAAUGGUUCCACUGUGAAAGGAGCUUCAGCCAUGUUUGAAGGCCUCAAAUAGACAUCACAGGGAAGAAAGCAAGGAUGGGCUUUGCCGGUUGAAGGAGAUUCAGGAUCAUCUUAUGCUUCCUUUAGGAGGUCCACACUAUGGAGGAAUCUCAUAAAUGCUCAGCGUGUGGGAAGAAUUGAAGCACAGAUCUGAUUUUAAUGUUCUUCAGAGAAUCCAGAUAGAGGCAAAACAUUCCUGUAGCUGGUUCUGAUGAGGGUCUUUUUCAGCUGCCCAGGUGCUAGAGAGUCAGAAAGGCUCAGAAAGUAGUUAAAUGACUUAUGUACAAAAAUGGAAUGCACGACAGUACCUACAGUAGAAGAAUGAUUGAAGAAGGUGCUGGACUUUGCCGCUAUGGCUAAGCCAUUUUGGUGUAAUGGUGGUUAUGCUACCCUAAGUGGCUAUGCAAGAGGGGGCAACAAGCAGGAGCUCUAUGUUUAUGGGGAUUUUUCCCUCAGAAUUCUCAAAUGAACCAGGCCUUUAAUUUUCUUUAAUAAAAACCAUUCCAUUAAGAAAUAAAA